AUGCAUUCUAUCAAGAACUUCGUCAUCGUGCAGCUAGAGGUGGAAGAAUACCAGGGAGAGCCUUUGGGGCCUGGAGGACAGAUGUACGCGCUCAAACGAAACAAAACCCUAUACGGAAUGGCUGAGAAGGAGAUUAAGGAACGCUUUCUGAACCCACGAGAGUAUGGCUUGUUCAGAUUUGAUGGUGAAUACGAAGGUCGCGAUUCUCCUGUCGACGGCUUAGCUAAACUACUGAAAAGCAAUAAGGCAGUCAAACAACAGAUGAUAUAUCCAAAAGCUACACAAUAUGCGUGUACGCUGCUAGUAUUCAGAAAUGAUUCAAGUAAUGCUUGUCAGCAGAAAGUUCUGUGUAUACUCGACAAAGUGGCUCCAGCGAAAUAUGAAAUGGAGGGAACGGCAUGUAACCAGAACAGUGACUGCACUUAUAUAAGACCCGCGAGGGCCUCCCUUAACUUUAAUCACGGUGUUACGCAAGAGCAACUUCGAGCUAUCAUUUUCUAUGAAUGGCGUGGCGACAUUGGAGCAACAGCAGCAGCCCACAACAGAGCAACAGCAGAUUGGACGAGGGCACCACUACCUUUACGACUGUCAAGCGCUGGUUCACUCGCUUUGCAGGCGGAGACACCGACUUUGAAGAAAAGCACCGGUCGGGACGUACAGAAAAGUGCUGGCUCAAUGGAUCCUUCACACUUUUACGGAUGGCAGCCGGCUUACAAGGGUAUCCACAUGUAA